AAGAAACCCCACCAUCGUCAUCCUAGUUGGUUCCCGCUGUGGAGCUAGCGCGCCGCUAGUGGGAGCAGUCUAGGCCUCAUCAGACCAAGAUCGAGAAAUCCUCCAUCUAAUGCAAGGCACGCCUGUCUACUCCACCUUACAAGUCUCACUUAUCUAGACUGAGCACUGGCAGGGUGUCGGGCGCACUUCGGCCAGCUUGAAAAGUACUUCUGCUCUUCGACGUCGGCAGACACCUAUCCGGACAGCUAGUAUUGAGAAGCGGAACGAGCCAGUUGGAAGAGCUAUCUUGGCAAUGGCACCUGCCAAACAGAACGCGAAGCCCGUCUUCAAAACAUCGUCGCCAUUCGCAGAGACGAAGUGGCCUGAAGUUUCACGAGAGGACGAAGAAGUCAUACUAGAAUUGCUUUGCAAUCUUACCACACCGCUAGGUGACCAUCGCAGAAACCACAUCCAUCCAUCCAGAGGGAAGAAGAGAAGACGCAACACGAAUUCCAGUAAUGAUAAUCCCACGAUGACCGAGACUGCGCCUUCUGUGCCAGAUAUUGGGGAGCAUCUGCUCGUCGGCCUCAAUAGCGUAACGCGCCAUCUGGAAGCUUUAGCUGCCAAUAACGCUCCUUCUACCGCAUUCAUUGCGAAUCAAAAGCUUACCAAGGACCUGGAGAAAGAGACGCCAGAAAAACAUCCCGAAGCAGCCCUCAAGCCCUUAAGCAUGGUCAUUCUAACUCACCCCAAACCUUCUCUAUCACCCGCACACGCCCAUCUUCCAACACUGAUCCACCUAGCCACCCUAUCUUCAACACUUGCUACACCGAAAACAUUCAAGACAGUCACACGACUCGUUCCGGUCCAGACAUCAGCGGAUUCCCGACUCGCAUCCAGCCUACACAUCCCCCGUGUUGGGGCCAUAGCCAUCUACGAAGGCGCCCCGGGAGCUAAGACGCUGGAAGAGUACGUCCGCGAACAUGUUGGGUUGACAGAGUGCAAGUGGAUUGAUGAGGCCAUGAGCGCAGAGUGGAAGGGGCUGAACGUCAAGAAUGAGAUACCUGGGGCAAAGUAG